AUGCCGAGCGCGACCGACAACGCUGGGCCCAGCAGGCCACCUAGCCGAGUCGGUGGAUUGGCAGGCAGAUUCUCCUUCUCCAACCUUUCCAUCAAGAGCGCGGAUGGCAGAUCGGGAGCUCGCACGCCAAAGAGUGAUCGCCGCCAGUUCCUCAGCACCCCUGGUCCUCGUUCCACCAGGGAGCGUACAGCUAGCGUCUCGACGUCCAAAUCCACCGAUGGCAACAACAUCGCACAACUCUACGCCGUCUUUGGUCUUCCCAAGGACCCUGCCGUAUGGACGCUGGCCGAAGAGGACUGCACCAAUGGCGUUCAUCAUAUGGAAGGCGCAGUAGGGCGCUUCUGGAGGCCAGAAGUGCUCGGCUGCUCCAUCUGUCCACCCCUCAACCCCGUCGAAGAUGGCCUCCGAUCGCCCCUUUCUCCCACCAGUGGUGCCGAAAAGAGGAACGGCAACGCGUGGGGUUCCGAUAAGAAGGGGGGCUCGAAUCCCAAGUUUAUCGAAAUGGCCGAUGGUCGUGGGGGUGUCGAGCGUGCUGAGACGUCCCGCGUUCUCGCAAAGGCGCUUAAGCUCUCCUUUACCCGCGAGAUCGAGAUCUCGUCCGGUCCCAUCAACUUUCCUCCUUCGUCCACGUCUCACACCUUCUCUUUCAGCGUCCCCACCGUCAAGUCAUCCACAUCAAAUGGAGCUGUUCGUCCCUCCACCGACGCAAGGAAAGCCAAUGCCAGCACUGGAAACGCCGGCGACGACACUCCGAGCGUGGCUACUUUCUACGGCUCGGUCUUGACUGUUUGGAGUGCUGCUGACGAGAAGCGUGCAAAGGCAAUCAAGAAGGAGCUCGGUCGACUCGCCAAAUCGCGCGCACAUAAUCGCAGCGGCACCAUGAGCAGGAGCGUCAGCAAUCAAGGCGAAGACAUCGAAGACGACUACGAAGGCGUCAGCGCUCUAGGUCACUCUCUGGUCCCGGACAACAACGCCUUCUUCAUGCCCUACGCCAUUUGCAUCGUCUCCCGAUACCCGAUCUACAACCUGCUCGGCGACUGGAACAAAGCCGCCUGGUUCAAGUACAGCCGUAAUAUCGAGAUGCACAACAAGCUCAUGGCUGCUGUCCUCCGCCAUCGCGCGCCCCGCAUCGGCGAGACUUUCCGUUUGCAGUCGCCAGACGAGGACGUCUCUUUCGUUUGCACCUUUCCCGGAGCAAUCGACUGGAACGCAGGGCUGCUCGGCAUCGACUUUUCCAUGUGGCCGCUCUUCAAGACCCUAUCGCUCGACAAUGUGCUCACCAUCUGCGAAAUUGCGCUUGCACCCGCCGGUCGCAUCCUGUUCAUGUCGCGCCAUCCUGCUCUGAUGGGCACCGCCGUCGAAACCAUCAAGUACCUCGUAGAGCUCUGCGGCUGGAAGGGCGUGGCGCACCAGAACUGUCACGCCAGAGACGUUCGCAUCUAUCUCGAAGAUCCAGGCUCAUGGCUCAUUGCCAUCAACACCGAACUGCGCAGCAUCAUCAAGCCAGCCAAGGAAGUCUGCGUCGUCGAUCUCGACAUCAACUUUGUCAAAUGCCCGCGGCCCCCUCUCAAGGCUCCCAGCAAAGGCGCGGCGCGGGACAGAAAGCGCAGAAAGCUGAUCGCCGCUCUCGGCUUCUCUUUUGGUGACAAUGCGAUCCCGCGAGAGUACGUCGAGGCUUUCCCCAGUGGCCGCUUCCGUCCCCUCAGCAAAGUCGAGUCCUCGUCACGAGACGUCCCAUACGAGUGCCUCGACACUCCGUCGUGGUGGGAUCAGCGUGCUGUUGUCAGUGCCUUCGACCAGGUCUUGCUCGAAGGCACCAAGCCCAGCUUCCUCAAGAAGGUGCUCCGCGGGCGCGCUGAGAAGCAAGCCGCUGUCUCCGAGACCGAGCUCGCUGCCGUCCUCGUACUCCGUAAGAGGGCCAGCGCAUUCGUCGACGCCCGCGAUGGGCUUGAGAACAAGAUUGGCAGACUCAACAAGCGUCUCGCCUUCCUCAUGAGCGAAGGCGAGAUGUGGCGCCAGCAGUUCGACAAGAUUCAGCAACUCGUCGACCGACUCACCCGCGAAGCCGGCGAUCUCCGCGCCAAGCUGGACAAGGAGCGCAGAGAGUCGAGGCGGCUCACCUCGACGCUGCAGCAGAGGGACAUGGAGUUCGUCCAGGCUCAGAUCCAGCUCACAGACACCGAAAAGGCACGCGAGAAGGCCCAGGCCGAGUUGCUGCGCAUGCGAACGGCCAUGGACAACCUCGAAUCGGAGCGUGAAGCCAUGAUGGACGAGAUUCGCAACGUCCUCAGCACCAACGGUGCCGAUGACUUUGACAUGUCCUCGCUCAACAACCUGCAGAGCAUGACACAGAACUUUGGCCGAAUCGACUCACCAGCUCCGAGUGAUGCGAGCCACAACACGGAGAUGCACAUCCUCAAGUCUCGCGCCCUUGCCGAACAGCGCAUCUCCAUGGGUCAACCGCGCAACAACACCCAGCUCAGAAAGUCGUCCGUCGCUGCCUCGACGGACAUUCACGCCAACGGCGCUUUCAGCACGGGCCACGCCGCCUCCUCUUCCAACCACUUCCCCGACGAGCAAAUGAACGCUGAAAUCCAGACCCGGACGACAGCAGUGACGGACCAGAUUGCCAAGAUCCAGCAACAGCUCGAGUCGACCCUCACGCAGCUCGAAGGACGUCGAUCGGUCACAUUCGAACGAGAGCGUGAUCGUCGCCGACUGUCCUCCUCCUCGAUUGGCAGCUAUGGUUGGGACCGUGGUCCCCCGUCCAGCAUCGGCCAUCAGAAUGCUGUCGCAUCCAGCAUCGGACACGGCCAUGCCUUCGAGAGCAACAACCCACGGGACGACGACAAUCCCAUCGAAGAAGUCGAGACGGUCGACACAGAGCGUCCUGGCAUGCUGCCACGCCGUCAACGGGUCGCUUCUUCCACCGGUCAUGGAACAUCCGCUGGUGUCAACCAUCUCUCACGCGCUCCACCGCCGUUUUUGACUCCAAAAAGCCCAGCUCGCAAGCAGCGAGAGUUGGCUCCUGCCCCUGACAGCGCAGCCAACAUCGAGACCAGCCCCAUCAAAGCGAACGGGGACACCACUGCUUUGCCCAGCGAGUCGCGAAGCGAAGCAGAGCCAGUCAACUUUACCGAGGCAUCGUCUUCUGCUGCAGUUCCUGCCGUUGCUGGGGCCGCUAUCGCUACGGGCGCUGCAGCUGCGAUCGCAGGUGCUGCCGCAUCGCCUGCAACUGUCAACAAGGACCUGCAAGACAAGUCAGGCGAGGAUGCGCCAGAAUCUGCCAAUGGCGCGCCCGCCAAUGGCGCCUCUGUCAAUGGUGAGGCAGCCACCGCUGACGUCAAUCGCGAAAAGCCGAUGCCUGAUGUGCCCGCUGACCAGGGUGAGGACACGAGCAUGUCCAAGAAGCUCGACGAGCUGGAGAAGGAGACCAAUGGUAACGAUGUUGAUGGCGAGGACGGAGACGAGACUGACGGUGCCCUCAACAUGUUCGAAGAGCCCGACGACUUCCGACCAAAGACUCCGCCACCGACCGUGACAUAUUAUGAGUUCCCUGGCACGUCGUCCAAGGUGACGCUCAACCUGGUCGGCAACCACCCACUGUGGGGUCAUCUGGCCUGGAACGCCAGCUUCAUCCUGUCCGACUUCAUUUGCGCGCAUGCCCUCACGCUUACCAAGGGCAAGCGCGUAUUGGAGCUCGGAGCAGCAGCCGGCUUGCCCAGCAUCGUCUGCAACUGGGCCUCGGCCUCGCACGUCGUAGCCACCGACUAUCCCGACAAAGACCUCAUCGACAAUCUCACCAAGAACGUUGUGCUCAACUGUCAGGACGAGUCCUCGCCCCUUCGCGGGCCGGGCAAGUCCUUUGUCGAAGGCUACAUCUGGGGUCGCGACGCCUCGCCUUUGCUCUCCAAGCUCACCGAUGCCAGCGGUAAGCCGGGCAAGUUCGACCUGAUCCUCCUUUCCGACCUCGUGUUCAACCACCAAGCGCACCCGGCGCUGCUCGAGACGUGCGAGGCGUGUCUCGCCGACGCUCCUGCCGGCGAGGAUUUGGAGGGCCGCAUGACCACCCCGUGUGUGCUGGUGUUCUUCACGCACCACCGACCCCACUUGGCGUACAAGGACAUGCAGUUCUUCGACAUGGCCGAAGUCAAAGGGUGGAGAUUUGAGAAGCUGGGCGAGUGGUUCCGCGAGCCCAUGUUCCCCGAGGAUCCGGGAGAUGAGGUGGUUCGAUCGACCAUUCACGGGUUCCGGCUGUGGAGGGCGUAG